CACAUUUUUCUUAGUUUUAGUUUUAUCACAUAAAUUUUCUUUCUUUAUGUGAUAAAAUUAUCAGAUCAUUUCAGAAUGGAGUUCAAUAUUGUGUUAAAGGACAUAUAUCCUACACCACAUCCUCUAAUAUCUGAUUGCAUUGACUUGGUGUCUCGAAUGGAUGAAGAUUACAAGGUUUUGAAAAGUAUUCAGGAUCAUUUAGCUAUGACCGAAGCGCAGCAGAUGAGUCUUUAUACCUUGUUGAUGCGGAACACUAAAUGUCGGGUGGCAAUUAUUGACUUGAUUGACUACUGUAGGAAGGUAGAAGACUUUGACAAAGGAUAUGUUUGGGAAUUUAUUAAUGACGUUAAACGUGGACUAAAGUGUACUGAUUGCAUUAUUCGGUUGUUGUUCCCUGACAAUUAUUAAAAGUGUUAACUAUUUAUGUUAUUGAUAAUGUCUACGGAUCUCUGAAAUUCAGUAUAUUUAUUUUUUAUGUUAAGAAAAACAAAAUAAAUUUUACGUACAAAGCUUAAAAAUAAUCAAAUUUUACAUAGUUUUGGAUUUUCGGGUUUUUUCGUCCAUUUUACAUUUUACCGGUUUUUGAUGUACCGCUGUUUUGCGUACAGUAUCUGUUUACCCGGUUUUUGAUACGUUCACACACGGUUCUUAUCCGAAUUACAGAGUUGUCUAAUGUUUAGUUUUGAAUGGAUUAGAAGACAUGAAAUUGGUUGGAAAAAACUGCUUUCAAUUUUACUGCAUAUUAAUAUACAUUACUUAAAUUU